AUGUUGCGUUCUUUGAAACUUCUCAACACUAGAAUUGUGAAGUUAAAUAAAGUAUCGUAUCCAUUUCCAAAAAGAAGAAUACAUUUAAGUGCAGGAGCAAGACAUGGCGAAUAUGAAUGGCAGGACCCAAAAUCAGAAGAAGAAGUUGUAAAUAUUGUAUAUGUAGAUAAAGAAGGGAAGAAAACAAAAGUUCGUGGUAAAGUAGGUGAUAAUGUAUUAUAUUUAGCUCAUAGGUAUGGAAUAGAAAUGGAAGGUGCUUGUGAAGCAUCUUUAGCAUGUACAACAUGUCAUGUGUAUGUAAAACAAGAUUAUUUUGAUAAAUUACCUUCAUCUGAAGAAAAGGAAGAUGAUCUGUUAGACAUGGCACCAUUUUUAAGGGAAAAUUCUAGAUUAGGGUGUCAAAUAACAUUGACCAAAGAGUUAGAAGGAAUGGAGUUACACCUUCCAAAAGCUACAAGAAAUUUCUAUGUUGAUGGUCAUAAACCAACACCACAUUAG